AUUCGAAUGCGACAAACCUUGCCUUACCACCUUAUCCACCUCUACAGACUAUCGCAGUAUGGAUGGAGCAUCGAAAGAUGACGCUCUCGAAGUCCCAGACUCUACGGACUGGUUGGAAACCCCACUACGAUCUCUUGCCCAAGUCGAUUCAGCCUUGCGAUGCCAAGUCUGUAGAGACUUCUAUACUACACCAAUGAUUACCUCUUGCUCCCACACAUUUUGCUCGCUAUGCAUACGAAGGAGUCUUAAUAACGACGGUAAAUGCCCGGCAUGUCGAGCGCCAGAGCAGGCAAUGAAGCUGCGGAACAACAAUGCGAUGGAGGACCUGGUUGAUGCUUUCAAGAGGGCAAGGCCAGAUGUAUUAGCAUUUGCUAGAACGCCAACAAGCAUACCGACGAGCUCGGCUUCGAAAAGGAGUCUGGAAGAAGUGGAUGAUGGAGGUGAGGACAUGUCGCCACAGAAAAGGCGGCGUUCAGAGCGAACCAAAUCCUCUUCACAAAAAGUCAUCUCUGUGGCAGACUCAGAUGAGGAAUACACUCUAGACGACACUAUUCCCUGCCCUAUAUGCGAGCAGAAAGUCGUUUUGGCCCACAUCAAUAAGCAUAUUGAUGAUGGUUGCCCAGAAGAACCCCGAGUUACUGUCACGAAAUCUCUUAGUAGAUCUAGCAGAAGCACAGCAAAUCCAACACCAUCAACAGAAAAACCUAGCGCGCGACCCGAACGGUUAGCACAGAUCAGCUAUUCCAUGAUCAAAGACAACCCUUUGAGGAAGAAGCUUACGGACGCCGGAUUAUCAGCAGCAGGUAAUAGACAGCUACUUGAACGGAGAUACACAGAAUGGGUUACCCUCUGGAAUGCGAACUGUGAUGCAACCAAACCUAAGUCCAAGGCAGAUCUAAAGAGGGAACUGGAUAUCUGGGAGAGGACUCAAGGAGGCAGAGCUACUGUAUCGAGCGCGACACAGAUGGGUUCGCAAAUCAGGAAUAAGGAUUUCAAUGGAAAGGGUUGGGCUACGGAUUAUAGCAACGAUUUUCAGCAACUCAUCGCAAAUGCAAGACGAAACACCAAGGCCCCAUCUUCUGCGCCUACCCCGUCGGAACCGGCUGAAAGUACGACACCAGAUGCUGGACUUGUGACAGACACUCCGGACGUGGACACAGUCAUGACAGAAAGACAAGUUGAUGCACCGAUUAUGGUUGAAGAUACGCCUGAAAAGCUAGCUUCUCAGACCAGGUUCUUCCACGAGACCAAUUCAGAACCCCCACCUUCAUCACAGUAUCAAGAAAAACUCGAAGCUCUGGAAGCAGAUGCUGGAUUGGCUUCAAAUAUUGCUACAGUAAGACCUAUGCAACCCUAGCCUUGCAAUAUGCUAAAGCUAUAUGUACCAUAAACCACAACUCCGUAGCGCCGAUAUCAUGUGCAUAUACAAAAUCUAACAAGCUUGAUCAUGCUGCAACAUUCUCCGGAUCCAGUGACAUGCGUUUCAGACUUUCAGUGCUUGUACUAAGCCGUUUCUCCACGUCCGCUUCCUCGCUUUGCUUUUUGGCUGAGCGUUCAACUUCUUCCAAGGCAUCUAGUCGUUUCUUCGUCUCUGCUGCUUCUUGUCUCUCUCUCUCUUCCCUUUCUGCCCUCUCCUUAGCUUCCACCUUCUCUCGUUCUUCCCUCUCCAUAGCCUCGAGCUCGUCAUCAACUUCGCCCUCGUCAACAGCUCCAGCUUGGCCAAUUUCGGUAAUCACAUUUCCAACUUCGUCGACCUGGCUCAUCUGCUCUCGUAGCUGAUCAACAAUAUCAUCGACUCUUUCCACUCCUCCGACCUCUUG